AUGGAUAUGAUUAAACAUGAAGCAGCUGAAUAAGCAAAAGAUUUUUAAUGUAUUUACAAUCAUAACUUACCUCCUUAUAUGGUAAUAUUUGAUCCUAAGUUAUCUCAAAAUGAAAGAAUUUUAUGUUUAAAAUGUAUGGAAGAUUUUGAUAGAAUCACAAAGAUGGUAACAUUCAAAAAAGCAUAAUAAAUGGUUGAAGAAAAACAAAUUAAAAAAAACGAAAUAUUAGAAAAUGUUAUUUAACCUAAUAUUAGAUAAGUUGAACUUUUGUAGAAGAAUCUACAUUAGUUAAAAUCAUUUGUUAAUUAAGAAUUUGAUUAAUUAAUUGAAAAUACAUGUGAAUGGAUAAAAAACUUUGAUUAAAUUAGAAAAUUUCAUAAAAAUUAUAAUCUUGUUUAAGAACUAGAUAAAUUAAUAAAAAAUGAAAGAAAUGAGAAUAUUGAUGAAUCAUUGUUUAUUUAAGAAAUUACUAAGAUUAAUUUAUCAUUAAGCAUAAAAAUAAAUUCAAAAUUAGAGCAGUUUAAGAAUUUUAAUGAUUAUACAAAAUGUAGUUAAAUACUUUAAAAUAUUAUUAAUACUGAAAUGUCUGAAUGUAGCACUGAUCUAGAAAAGAGUACAAUAGAAACUUAAAUGACAGAUUCGAUUGAAUCAAUUUCUAAUAGUAAUAUUGAUUCUAUUGAAAAAAACUUAGCUUAUUAUCGAGAAUUAGAAUAAAUUUAAUAUUAUAUUUAUGAAGAUUUAUAGAAUCUAGUUAAUUUACUAUAUUCAUUUAAAGCUGUAAAUGAACAUUUUAAGAAUAACCUUAAACAUCCAAUGAUUACUGUUUCCAGAAAUAAAAUUAUUUUAUAAUUGAAUCUCUCUAAUGGAAUUUAUCUUGAUUUAUAAUAAUAAUAUCAAAAAAAUCCUUUUAAAUAUGUAUUAUUGGAAGAAAAGAAAAAUGCAUUAAAAAUUAUAAAUCAAUUUGCAUAAGCUCUAGGAAUUGAUUAUUAAUCAUAUAUAGAUUAUUUUAAAUCUAAUAGUUUAAGUGAGAUAAUCUCAUUUAAAUAGUAAAAUUUAGAAAAAGUAACUUUUUCAGGCUCUUCUAAUUCCCAAUAAACAACAAAUAUCUUCCUUCAAACUUAGAAAAAUGAAAAAAUUUUUAGUCAUUGGAUUAAUUCCAAAACUUAUAAUUCAAAAAGUUUUGAUUCUUUUAUCUUCAAAGCCAUGUAAUUAAAAAAAAAAUAUUUAGAUCAUAUAAAUAACUUACAGAGAUUAAAUUAUUAUCGAAUUUUCCUAUAUCUAAUCAAAAUUCGAGCGAUAAAUGA